AUGCUCUUGUAUUCGUGCAGAGCGCUUUAUUCCCGCACAGCUCGCUCCUCCACUCCUAGGCGGAUCAAGAAAAACAAAUUUAAGCUAAAGGAUUUUGUUUAUGGCGAGAAAAAGGAUUCAAUUCCACAAACAAAGAAAUGCCCAUUUGAAGGCAAAACAGACUGGACGAUGCCCAUUGAAGACAAGUCGACCAUUUAUAGGUUUCUUAUGAGCAACGAUUCAACCCCUCGAUUGCGAGCGUUGCUAUCUGCGGUGAGCCUUGAAAAUUUCUCUGACCAUCCAUUUAAAUACCAAAUUCCCUUACCUGAACCGCAAUAUGCUGGUUCGGAGCAGAACGGAACGACUUCCUCUUCCCCUUGCUCCUCUUAUAAGCACGAGGAGCGUGUAUUUACAGAGCGAAAAGCUUCCACUUUGGUCGAUUCGCGUCCCAACGCCCCACAACCCCUUUCAAUGGCGUGCCCAUGGAUUAGGAGGCUCGGGCAGAUUUCAAAAGAUAACCCUAUCCACCCGAUCUCUUUAAUUGACGAGAUGGUUGGAAAGGGCGAUAUUAGUGUUUCUUAUUCUCAUAUUUAUUAUGCACUGCUAGCAUCAAUCAGACUAAAAGAUCCAGACGCUGCUAUAGCCCUUUAUAAGAAAUGCACUGAGCUUCAAAUUGGACAAAGCCUCUGGCUAUAUUCUCUGGUUUUAGAAGCUCAUAUCAAGGCGUCAAGGCUAUCCGAUGCUCUCCAAAUGUAUUGUCAUUUGCGUGUAAAUGAUAUGGUGCCACCCCCGGCGAUCCUAAACUCACUGCUCUCCGCUUUGAUUAAAAAGGCAGCCGUUAAAACGGCAUGGAGCAUUUUCUACGAGGCCAAGUCAAAAUUCACUUUGCCAAUGUACACGUACUCAUUGAUGAUUGACUUGUGCGCAAAGAUCGUAAGAGAUAUGGAGUCUGAAUCGAUUAUCCCAUCAAACCAUGUGCUAGAAAGCCUUCUUCAUGCAUGUGCAUCCAAAAAAGAAUUUCAAGAACAAGCCUUUGCAAUUAUAAAGCGUAUUUAUGACUCUGGACGGCCGCUUCACUUGAAUUUGUGUAAUUUCAUGCUUCAAGCCCACGCCAUCAAUUGUGAUUUAGAGGCGUUUUACAAGGUUUGGAGCGUUUUGAUUGGCGUGGAUAAAACAGGAAAUUGGGAUCGACCAAACAUUUACUCCUUUGCGGCGAUGUUCCGGCUUUUGGCCAAUAUUCCUAUCUCAAAAAGGGACGCAAAGCGUAAAAAAAUCUCCUUCCAUUACGACCUGCUUCCGACAGAUAUUGUCAAGCAGGCUACGGAUGUUUGGAAUCUUCUUUCAUUGAAAUACUCCUACAUAAAAAUGGAGCCCUUCAUUUUGAAUCAUUAUCUUUCGAUAUUGGCAACACAUGGACAAAAGGCAGAAAUUGAGAAAUUUUUCCACAACCAGUUUGCAAUAAUGAAUAUUGCACACGACAAAUACACAUAUCAGCACAUGUUCUUGUUUUAUAUGAGAACCGGCGAUUUUGCCUCUGCCUCCAAGCUAAAGUUCAAAGUCGACGAUUUCAAUAUGAUAACUCGAAAGGCUUGGCACUAUUUGAUCGAUACAGCGGCCAAUGCCAAGCAGCUGGACACCGCUGUUUCGUACAUCGACCAGAUGGAUAAAGCCAAAAUUGACCCGCCCAGUUUGAAGGCCAUUCAACAUCUAUAUUUAUCCGUUGUAAAUGCCGAGAGAUGGGAUUUGCGCUCAAAGCUAAAUGCUCUUUGCAAACGACCACAAGAUGUGGAUUCGUUCAAAGGGGGAAAACGGGAAAUAUGGUCAAUACGCAAUGAUGCCAUCAACACUCUUUUAGACUUUGCUUAUGGACGACCGGGCGGUGAAUGUAAUGUCAGGGGCAUAUACGACAAUAUUAGGUCCAAUAUCACCAUUCUGCCCUCAGACCAGGAUAGCUUGAAUGCCGAUAUUGACUCGGAAAAGAUUCCCGGAUUUUCAAAACUUAUGGAUAAGAAAAGCCAUCCAAAUGCGCCCCUUCCAACCAAAAAGCGCAUCACCAGGAAUUACCAAGCAAGGAAAAAAAGGGCUCCCAAAUUCCAAACAUAG